UGCUCGCGCAUGGAUUUCGGCUGGAUUUGUGCCGUCUGACAUGGAUGGCCCGAGGCUCGCCGAGUCGGAAGCCUGUUCCUUGGUGCAGUGAGAAGGAAGGACACGCGGCGCUUUUCUGGAAACGGAUGCGGGACGCGAGCGCGCGACUCCUCCGUAACCAUGCCGUGAUCUCUGAGCGCUGGUCUUCACCCCUCCUAGACGACUAAAGAGCAAAUCUGCGGGGAGUUUUGCAAUCCAAAGGAAUUAAAACGAUGUACAUUGCAGGCAUCAUGAAGAUUACCUCCCCGUUGAUAACUCAUGCGAGCUUCAGGCGAUCCGUCAAGAUCCUUCUGCUGCUUCUGUUAUGUGUGGGAUACUCUCGCGGGAUGCCACAUGUUUUAAGAUUCGGGGGGAUAUUUGAAUCCAUUGAAACUGGGCCAUCUGGUGCUGAGGAACUAGCCUUUAAAUUUGCUUUAAAUACAAUCAACAGAAACAGAACCCUACUGCCGAACACAACACUAACAUAUGACAUCCAAAGGAUAAACAUCCAUGACAGUUUUGAGGCUUCCAGAAAAGCCUGUGAUCAACUCUCUCUGGGAGUGGCAGCUAUUUUCGGCCCCUCUCACAGUUCUUCAGCCAAUGCAGUCCAGUCCAUCUGCAACGCACUGGGGGUGCCACACAUCCAGACCAAAUGGAAGCACCAAGUGUCAGACAACCGUGACUCAUUCUAUGUCAGCCUCUACCCAGACUUCUCCUCCCUCAGCAGGGCCAUCCUAGACCUGGUGCACUUUUUCAAGUGGAGGAUGGUCACAGUGGUGUAUGAUGACAGCACAGGUCUUAUCCGGUUACAGGAGCUCAUUAAGGCACCCUCUCGUUACAAUAUCCGGUUAAAAAUCCGACAGCUGCCAGCAGAGACAAAAGACACCAAGCCACUUCUUAAGGAGAUGAAGCGAGGGAAAGAGUUCCAUGUGAUCUUUGAUUGUGGACAUGAGAUGGCUGCUACCAUUCUUAAACAGGCUCUUGCUAUGGGGAUGAUGACAGAGUACUACCACUAUAUUUUUACUACACUGGAUCUGUUUGCGCUGGACGUCGAGCCUUACCGCUACAGUGGGGUGAACAUGUCAGGGUUCCGUAUUUUAAACACAGAGAACAGCCAAGUGUCCUCCAUCAUUGAAAAGUGGUCCAUGGAGCGCCUUCAAGCACCUCCCAAACCUGAUUCUGGCUUACUAGAUGGCUUUAUGACGACGGAUGCAGCACUGAUGUACGACGCAGUGCAUGUGGUGGCCGUAGCUGUGCAGCAGUCUCCACAGAUCACAGUCAGCUCUCUCCAGUGUAACCGGCACAAACCCUGGCGCUUUGGUAACCGCUUCAUGACGCUCAUCAAAGAGGCCCACUGGGAUGGUUUGACCGGACGGAUAAAUUUCAACAAAACCAAUGGCUUAAGGACAGAUUUCGAUCUGGAUGUGAUCAGCCUGAAGGAGGAAGGACUGGAGAAGAUUGGAACAUGGGACCCUGUAAGUGGCCUGAACAUGACUGAAAAUCAGAAGGGAAAGAUGUCAAACAUCACAGACUCACUCACCAACAGGACACUAUAUGUGUCUACAAUACUGGAGGAGCCCUAUGUGAUGUUCAAGAAGUCAGACAAGCCUCUGCAUGGCAAUGAUCGUUUCGAGGGAUACUGCAUCGACCUGCUGCGGGAGCUUGCCCACAUUCUGGGCUUCAUCUAUGAGGUGCGGCUGGUCGAGGACGGCAAGUACGGAGCGCAGGAGGAGAGCACGGGCCAGUGGAAUGGCCUGGUGCGCGAGCUCAUGGACCAUAAAGCUGAUCUUGCAGUGGCUCCCCUAGCCAUCACCUACGUGCGGGAGAAAGUCAUCGAUUUCUCCAAGCCAUUCAUGACCCUGGGGAUAAGUAUUCUGUACCGCAAACCCAACGGCACCAACCCAGGGGUGUUCUCCUUCCUCAACCCUCUUUCCCCCGACAUCUGGAUGUAUAUUCUGCUGGCUUACUUGGGUGUCAGUUGUGUGCUGUUUGUCAUAGCCAGGUUUAGCCCCUACGAAUGGUAUAACCCCCACCCAUGCAACCCCGACUCGGACGUGGUGGAAAACAAUUUCACCCUGCUAAAUAGUUUCUGGUUCGGAGUUGGAGCUCUCAUGCAACAAGGAUCUGAGCUCAUGCCCAAAGCCCUUUCCACCAGGAUAGUAGGAGGUAUCUGGUGGUUUUUCACCCUCAUCAUCAUCUCCUCCUACACGGCUAACUUGGCCGCUUUCCUCACAGUGGAGAGGAUGGAAUCUCCCAUUGAUUCAGCCGAUGACCUGGCCAAACAGACCAAAAUUGAGUAUGGUGUGGUGGAGGAUGGCUCCACAAUGACCUUCUUUAAAAAAACAAAGAUCUCCACAUACGACAAGAUGUGGGAGUUCAUGAGCAGUCGGAGGCAUUCAGUCAUGGUGAAGAGUGUGGAGGAGGGCAUUCAACGGGUGCUUACCUCCGAUUACGCCUUCCUCAUGGAGUCCACCACAAUCGAGUACGUCACCCAGCGCAACUGCAAUCUCACGCAGAUAGGCGGCCUCAUUGACUCCAAAUCCUAUGGUGUUGGUACUCCUAUGGGCUCUCCAUACCGAGAUAAGAUCACCAUAGCAAUCCUGCAGCUCCAAGAAGAAGGGAAGCUGCACAUGAUGAAGGAGAAAUGGUGGAGAGGGAAUGGCUGCCCGGAGGAAGAGAGUAAAGAGGCCAGUGCCCUGGGUGUGCAGAACAUUGGAGGAAUCUUCAUUGUUCUGGCUGCUGGACUUGUUCUCUCUGUCUUUGUGGCAGUCGGGGAGUUCCUCUAUAAGUCUAAACAAAACGCACAACUUGAAAAGAGGUCCUUCUGCAGUGCUAUGAUGGAGGAGCUGCGAGUGUCCCUCAAGUGCCAGCGCCGGCUCAAACACAAGCCUCAGCCGCCUGUCAUGGUCAAAACGGAGGAAGUCAUCAACAUGCACACCUUCAAUGACCGGAGAUUACCAGGCAAAGAGACCAUGGCAUAAAGCAGACAUUUGUUCUCUCUCUUUUUAAAGACAGAAGUGGAAAAAAGAAGAGUCAUAGAGCAGGGCGAUAGCAACAUUUAUACAUGGGGGUGGGAGAUUAGGAACAUGAUUGUUCAGUGUUAAAUGUCAUUAUUGUUUUAAAACAAUUAGAUAUUUGGGGGGAAAAAGAAACUGCAAAAUAUUUCCUGUGGAAAUAACUUGAUUUUGGGCAAAAUUAAAGUGAGUUACCUCAUCACUCCU